AUGAAAUCCAGUCGAUCUCACAAAAUCUCUACAGCAAAACACAGCUCUCUCACCUCCGUUACCGUACUCCCCACAAACAGCGCCACAUAUCACCCUGUCAUCAGCCACUCCCACCUCUACGGCAUCACCUUAGACAGCCUAAGCCCCGCAACAGCAAUCCGACACACAUUCAUCAGACACUCGACUGUAAAAUCUAAUAAAUCAACCACAGAUCCAGGUAGUAGCAAUAUUAACGAAGGCAGCAGCCGUGGGGGCAGCGGCGGGAAUGGCAUGAGCACCAUCUCGCAGAGCCAUGUAUCCCACUGCACCAUCUCGGGCAGCAACAUCGACUGCUGCAGCAUGCGGAGGACCACCACGUCGAACGCAGAGUACGUUUCGGGUUCGCAAGUGCGCGGCUCAACAAUACUAGGCACAGGGCGCAUUUCUCAGAGCAAGCUGAAAAACGCGCAAUUCCUGUGCACGUCGGACGAUAACAGCAAUAACAACAACGACAACGGCAACCAUAAUAUUAAUAAUAAUAAUAUUAAUAAUAAUAAUAAUAGCACCAUACCAAAUCCCGUUACUAAUACUACCAAAACCGAAGUCAACAAAGGCGACAUCCGCGACUCCAUCGUCGGCCCAUUACCGUGCACGAUUAGCCGGAGCAGACUCAACAACGUAAAAAUCUCCCAGAGUACGGUUAAGGAUGCGUGUUUGAAUGAUUGCGAUAUCGACGGAUGCCGGAUUGCGAAGGCGAAGUUUUCCGGGCUGUGGUUGAGGAAUGGGAUUUGGGAGGAUGGGGAGCUGGUUGGGAAGGUGAAUGAGGGGGAGGAGGUGAUUGUCAAGGCGAGGAAUUUUGCGGAGAUUGAGGCGCGGGAGCGGGAGCAGGAGCGGGAGAGGGUUAGAGGGAUCAAGGGGUUAGGGAUAGGGGUGGGGAUAGGGGUAAUGACGGGGCCAGCCAGAGGUAUUGAGGAUCCUGUUUCUGCUUCCGUUGCUGCUGGUCGUUGUGCUCAGGGAGAUAACGCGCUGCCCGAGAUAAUAUCGGGUGAAGCUAGUGACAGUAGACGUCGUCUCCAAGACGACGAUAUGCUUGCCAACCCACCCCAAAUACCACCGCCCCAUUUCGACUCUCUUCUUCCUACAGCGGCAGCAGCAGCAGCAGCAGACGAUGAGCAACGUAGCCCAGAUCAACAAACGUCACCACCCCUUUCAAAGGAUCAACCAUAUAUCAGCACCGAAACUUACCCCAGCUCGCCGUCCACAGAGCGCUACUCAAGUGCCGCCGAAAGCUUACUCGACCCCGAUGAGGACGGCGAGUUUACGCUACAAGAUCUUCCCGAUAUUAGACGUUUAGGCAUUGACGAUGAGAAGCCUCCACCAUAUACACCAUAA